CUCCGAGGAGAAGCUGCGCAUUUAUGCAGCGCCCGCUGCGUUUAUCUAGUUCUUUCCAUCUUACAUAGGGUCUUCUCGCCCUUGACCCCCACCGCGACUAAUAGGAGAAGAAUGGCAUUGAAACAGAUUUCCAGCAACAAGUGCUUUGGGGGAUUGCAGAAAGUUUUUGAACAUGACAGCGUUGAGCUGAACUGCAAAAUGAAAUUUGCGAUCUAUUUACCACCAAAGGCAGAAACUGGAAAAUGCCCUGCACUGUACUGGCUGUCUGGUUUAACUUGCACAGAGCAAAAUUUUAUAUCAAAAUCUGGUUAUCAUCAGGCUGCCUCAGAACAUGGCCUUGUCGUCAUUGCUCCAGAUACCAGCCCUCGUGGCUGCAAUAUUAAAGGAGAAGAUGAGAGCUGGGACUUUGGUACUGGUGCUGGGUUUUACGUGGAUGCCACUGAAGAUCCUUGGAAAACUAACUACAGAAUGUACUCCUAUGUAACAAAGGAGCUUCCCCAACUCAUAAAUGCCAAUUUUCCAGUGGACCCCCAAAGGAUGUCUAUUUUUGGCCACUCCAUGGGAGGCCAUGGAGCUCUGAUUUGUACUUUGAAGAAUCCUGGAAAAUACAAAUCUGUGUCAGCAUUUGCUCCAAUUUGCAACCCAGUGCUCUGCCCUUGGGGCAAAAAAGCCUUUAGUGGAUAUUUGGGAACAGAUCAAAAUAAAUGGAAGGCUUAUGAUGCUACCCAUCUUGUGAACUCAUAUCCAGGUUCUCAGCUGGACGUACUAAUUGAUCAAGGAAAAGAUGACCAGUUUCUUUCAGAUGGACAGUUACUACCUGAUAACUUCAUAGCUGCCUGUACAGAAAAGAAAAUCCCUGUUGUUUUUAGAUUACAAGAGGGUUAUGAUCAUAGCUACUACUUCAUUGCAACCUUUAUUACUGAUCACAUCAGACAUCAUGCAAAGUACCUGAAUGCAUGAAAAACUUGAGAUAAGAGAAUCUCUUCAAGAUUAUGAAAUUGUAAUAAACAGAAUUGCAGGGGGAAAAGAUUUCAAAACAUUGGAUUUCAUAAUGCUAAAAAUGCUUCAUUCAAUAGUUGAAUCACCUUCUGAUAUGUAAAACCUAAUUCUGAUUUUAAAAGUUAUUUUACCAAUGUUCAUAAAAUAUUUGGUACUUUAUAGCUUUUUUGAGGUCAUUUGGAAAUCAUUGUUAUAUUGACCUCAAGUCAUAGAAUGUGAAUGUAAUCCCAUUCAAAUCAUAGAGUACUAACUCUAGGACAGAUGAUUUAACAGUAAUUUAGCCUAAACUCCUCACCUUUCAAGACUUUAGCCUAUGAAGGCAUGGACUGUCUUCAUCAUGUUCAUAUUUAUAUAUAUCUCGAGUAUCUAGCAACUGCUUGACUUACCUAGUAGGCAUUUAAUAACUAGUUGUUAGUUGUUGAAUAAGGAGGUAGGCUCAGGAAGGUUAAGUGAAUUCCCGAUUGUUAUACAGUUAUUUGUGGGACAGUUAAGAUUAGAAGCUAGAUUUCUUAAACCCAAUCCAAUGAUAUUUCUCUUAUUAUCUACAUGGGUCUUAUAUAUUGAGCCAAAUAAAGUUAUGGAUGUUGUUUUAUGAGCAUCUCUCAGGAG